UUCUUAACAUCUGCUGUAGUUUCUCUGACCUUUUAUAAUAUGUCAGCUAUUACUUUUGGAAUCUUAACAAUUAGCGACACUUGUUCUCAAAAAAAGGAAAAUGACAAAAGUGGCCCUGUACUUCGACAAUUGUUGUCCAAUGCAAACACAGAAAUUGGAAAAGCAUUUAAUGGUAUCGUAGUGUGCUCCGAUAUUGUUCCCGAUGAUGAGGAUACCAUACAAACGAUGUUAAUUGAUUGGGCAGACGUGGAGGAAUUAAAUGUUAUUUUAACCACUGGAGGUACUGGCUUUUCCUGCAGGGAUGUUACUCCAGAAGCUACAAAAAAAGUCAUCCACAAAGAAGUUCCUGGAAUUGCUCAUGCCAUGAUCUCUGAAAGUUUAAAAAUUACACCCAUGGCAAUGUUAUCUAGGGCGACCUGUGGCAUACGAGGCAAGACCUUGAUCGUCAACCUCCCUGGCUCGCCAAAGGCCGCAAAGGAGUGCUUCUGCGCCAUAGCAAAGGUACUUCCUCACGCCGUCGACCUGAUACUCGGUCAUGAAAAGAGCAUCAAAUCUACCCACGAAGUGGUCCAAGGCAAGCACGAGUGUCCGCACAAGAGUGGCGGAGCCUCCUCGUGGAACCCGGACGACGUCGCCGGCCGGCUCCGAGAAUCGCCCUUUCCUAUGAUCUCGAUCGAGGAAGCCCAAAAGAUCCUGAAGGACUCAGCGGAGAUGCUACCCCCGGUGCAGGUCGAAAUCUGGGCCUGCCGAGGUAGAGUCCUGUCGGAGACCGUCUACUCGACCUGCCACAUACCGCCCUUCCGGGCUUCCAUAAAGGACGGCUACGCGGUGAUCGCGAGCGACGGCAAAGGCAGGCGGAAGGUCUUGGGUGGCAUAGAGGCCGGUCACAAGCCGGACAACGUGAAGAUUGAACCAGGCACUUGCGUGAGGAUCAACACCGGUGCUCCAGUUCCCGAUGAAGCCACGGCUGUGGUCCAGGUCGAGGAUACAGUGUUGACAGAGCGCGGAGCCGAUGGAAAAAAAGAGCUGGAGAUCGAAAUCCUAGUUCAGCCGAAAGAAGGCCAGGACAUACGACCGAUCGGUAGUGAUACCCAGUUGGGUGACCCGGUUCUCAAGGAAGGUAUGAAAGUAGGCGCCGUUGAGGCGGGAAUUCUGGCGGCUUGCGGCUUGGCCAAGGUAUCAGUGACGUGGGUGCCGAGGAUCGGUGUCCUGUCGACGGGCAACGAGCUCCAAAACGCGGGCGAGCCAGCCAAGCCCGGGCACAUCUACGAUAGCAACAAAAUAACGCUGAUGAUGAUGCUGAGAGAGAAUGGCUACGAGGCUGUUGAUUUGGGCAUUGCGAUCGAUGAGAUGGGCGCUAUGCUCGAUGCUAUUACCGAUGCGAUGGGAAGAGCCGACGUUAUUAUAACAACGGGUUCCGUGUCGAUGGGCGACAAAGAUAUGCUGAAGCCGAUCCUGCAGGACGUUUUCCAUGCUAAAAUUCACUUUGGACGCGUCAAUUUGAAACCUGGAAAGCCGACGACCUACGCCACCCUCACUUGGCGCGGGACCAAGAAGUACUUUUUGUGUCUACCUGGUAAUCCCGUUUCAGCUGUAGUAACGGCCAAUUUGUUUGUAUUUCCGCUGCUGAACCACCUGACAAAAAACAAUGAAAAACCUGUAGUCGUAAAAGCCAAGGUGGUUAACGAUUACGCUUUGGACCCGAGACCGGAGUACGCGCGCGUGAUCCUCGUGUGGUCGGACGAGAGCGAGGAUGGUUGUCCGAAAGCUUACAGCACCGGCAAUCAAAUCAGCAGUAAGCUUCUCAGCUGCAAAAGUGCGAACGCCCUGCUUAUGUUGCCGGCGAGAACAGCACAGAAAUCGGAUAUCAAAGCUGGAUCCAUCGUCCCGGCCAUGUUACUUGGAUUCAAUCAACUCGCCCACGAGGAGCGUUAUUGAGACUUUUCUUUGCUGUCACUUGUGGGGAC